AUGGGAGAUAACAGUGGAUGGUGUACUAUUGAGAGUGAUCCUGGUGUAUUCACAGAGUUGAUUCAACAGAUUGGUGUAAAGGAUGUACAGGUAGAGGAACUCUACACAUUGGACUCAUCAGAGUUCUUAAAGUUAAAACCAAUAUUCGGAUUGAUCUUCUUAUUCAAGUGGACAAAGGAUGAUGAUACAAGACAACCAGUAGAGAAUGAUAGUUUGUUCUUUGCCAAUCAGGUUAUUCACAAUGCAUGUGCCACUCAAGCAAUACUUUCAAUCCUUAUGAAUAGUAAGGAUAUUGAUGUCGGUGAAGAGUUGAACAACUUUAAACAGUUCACAACUGGUUUCUCGUACACUAUGAAGGGAGAGGCCAUCGGUGAUAUGAAGGUACUACGUGAGAAUCACAACAGCUUCUCAAGACCUGAACCAUUCAUCUUUGGAUCAAAGCCAGCCAAGAAGGACGAUGAUGUGUUCCAUUUCAUCAGUUAUAUACCCUUUGAGGGAAAGAUAUACGAGCUGGACGGUCUCAAGAGAGGACCGAUCUGCCUUGGCGAGUGCACCGAUGAUGAUUGGCUCGAGAAGGUGUCGCCCAUCAUCCAAGAGAGGAUCAACAAGUACUCACAGACAGAGAUCAGGUUCAACCUGAUGGCCAUCAUCAGGAACAAGCAAUCAGUGUACAACAAACAACUCGAGUUCUUUGAGGCCAAGAAGAAGGCCACUCUGCUCAAACUGUCGCAGAUUGACACGGCCGUAGAGCAGGCGAUGGACAUUGACAGCGAUGCCUACUCGUUGCCCAACGACAGAGAGCUGCUGGACGCCGUCCUGCUGGACAUUGACAACAACAUGGAGUUGAUCAGUCAGAACCUGAUGAUGGAGCAAGAGAAGUUCCGCAAUUGGCGUGAGGAGAAUGUUAGAAGGAAGCACAACUACAUACCAUUCAUUAUCAACCUACUCAAGAUCCUGGCCGAGAAGGAGGAGCUGGUGCCACUCAUCCAAAAGGCAAAGGACAAGGAGAGCAACAAGGCCAAGUAG